AUACAACUACAAUUCAAAUUCUAGAUUAGAUUACUUAUCAGAUAACUGGGAGUAUUCAGCUCAAAUCAUUUUUACUUACUCCGUAUAUAAUACUCCAAGAAAAUAUAUUUUUGUGGUCGAAUUUCUAUCUACAAAUACAAUUCAAAUUUGAGAUUGGGUUAGUUCAGGUUUAGAAUUGUCAAAAACUGAUCCAAUCGAUCCAAUCUAAUCCUAAAAACUCGAUUUAAAUUCGACUCGUAUGAACACAUUAAUUUAGGAUGACUUAACUUAAAAUAGAACUCAUUCGACAUGAUCUUUUCCUCAAAAUAAAAAUAAAAAAAACCUCAUUUUUAUCAUACAUGACUCAAGUACCCAAAUUGACACCUCUAUAUUACAUCAGACGAGAAUACAUGAUCAAAUAUUCAAUUUAAUUUAAAUUAUUUUCCUAUGUAUUAUACUCCGAGAAAAUAUAAUUUUUAUUUUUGUUGACACAAUGGCACAACCCCCCAACACUGACGCUACAUUGUCGCCUAGAAGGCCCUCAUCGUCAGCACCAGCUUCAAUUCCCCGAACCACCCACUUUCUCUACUCUCUUCGUCCUCAUUUAUUAGUCAAACUCAUCCAAUUAAUUUUACUCUUUACUUCGUACUUUCUUUUUACCAUUCUUAAUUCCUCCUUUUUUCUCGCUCCACUUCUUUUUAGUCAACUCUUUUAUUUUAUUCAUUUAAUUCCUUUCUUCUCUCUCUUAUAAAACAACCCCAUUUCACAGUCCCCCUUCAUUGUAUUCCAUCACCCAUCAUUUUCACAAAACACCCAAACCCAAAAAAAAAAAAAAAAAAUUACAAAAAAUGGAUGAUGAUACAUUCUAUUACUCUCAAGACACUGAUCUUGAUUUAAGCUUUACAUCCACAACCACAGAUCGAACCUUCGGGUCAUCAAGUGCGCGAAGCAGCUUAGCUCGCAGCAGCUUAACGCUCAGCUUCAACGAGCGUAUCUCAACCGGCGCAUGCACCACACACACCCACCACCAAAACAUUAUACGCCCUCAUAGACGGGAAGACCCGCACUGGUCAGCUAUCCGCGCAGCCACAAACCUCUCACCCGACGGCCGUCUCCAUCUCCGCAACCUUAAACUCCUACGCAUCCUCGGCACGGGCAAUCUAGGCCGUGUCUUCCUAUGCCGUAUUAGAGAUUACCACCAUUCUAGCCCAAAUUCCCAUUUUGCCCUUAAAGUCGUAGAUAAAGAUUCUUUAUCUCCUAAAAAACUCUCACAUGUACAAACCGAAGCUGAGAUCCUCUCAAUGCUAGACCACCCUUUCCUCCCUACGCUUUACGCGCACGUGGAGGUGUCUCAUUACACGUGUUUAUUGAUCGAUUAUUGCUCGGGCGGAGACCUCCACUCGCUGCUUCGUAAGCAGCCGAGCUACCGAUUACCGGCCUCGGCGGUGAAAUUUUACGCCGCCGAGGUUUUGGUAGCGUUGGAGUAUCUCCACUCGUUAGGGAUAGUUUACAGAGAUUUAAAACCCGAGAAUAUCCUAAUUAAGGAAGAUGGUCAUAUUAUGUUGUCCGAUUUUGAUCUUUGUUUUAAAUCUGACGUGACGGCCAAGAUUGAGAAACUUGAAGGUCAAGUUAAUCGGACGGGUAGUAUUAAAUCUAGGAAGAGUAGAAGGUUUGAUCGGACGAUGGGAGAUGAGUUUGUGGCGGAGCCCACUGGAGCAUUCUCGAAGUCAUGUGUUGGGACCCACGAGUAUCUUGCUCCAGAAUUAGUUAGUGGUAACGGUCACGGUAACGGCGUUGAUUGGUGGGGUUUCGGGGUAUUGAUAUACGAGUUGUUAUAUGGGACCACCCCGUUUAAGGGGGUUAAUAAGGAGGCGACUCUAAGAAAUAUAGCGUCGUCUAGGGAUGUGAGAUUUGGUUACGUGGAAGAGAGAGAUAUCGAGGAUGAUAAGGAUAUGGCCGCAGCUAAGGAUCUUAUUGAGAAGUUGUUGGUGAAGGAUCCGAGUUUAAGAAUGGGUGCUAUUAGAGGGGCCGCCGAGAUUAAGAAACAUCCGUUUUUUAACGGUGUUAAGUGGGCAUUAAUUCGGAGUUACCGGGCACCCGAAGUGCGUGGAGGGCUCGUGAGGAAGAGUAAGAGUCACGUGAGCGUGGUUCAUAGGAGGCAGAAGUGGUGGUGGCGGAGUUUGAAUCAUUUGUUAAGGAAAAAUAAAGGGUCUAAGGUUUCACAUAAUAAUAGUAGUAUCAGUUGUGGUAUUGUCAAUAAUAGUUAGUGAAUGUAACAUAUAAUUAGAAAUCUUUGAUUUGUGUUUUACCUUGUUUUGUUAGAUUUAAGGGGAAUUGAAGAGAUUGAGGCUUUGUAUAAAGAAAUAAGUGAGAUGUUUGAUCAAUUUUGUGGGUUUUGGUCGUACACACUUGUAUUUUUGAGGUAGUUUUAUGAAUAUCUUGUGUUUUUGUAUAUGAUAUACAAACAAUUUGGAAAAAAAAAAAAAAA